AUGUCAAAUGUAUAAAAUAGAUAGAAUGCGAAAACCUUGAAUAAUCUGUUAAAUUCAUAAGCCUCAAAACUGAGGUUGUAAAAAAUUCUAUCCAAUGAUAAUUACCUUACUAAACAUUAUCGUUCCAAACCUCUAAGAACUGAAAAAUCAUGUACCCUUUCUCUUGUUAAAAGUGAUAGUUCAAUAAAUAAUGACCAAAAAAACUUCUUUAAGACAUCGACAAGUCUAAAUAAACUGAAUAACAUUGUAAAUUUCUAGAAGAAAGCCAAUGAUGAAUAACAUAAAAGAGUGAUUAAGCAUCUACUCACAGACUAAUCCUAUUAAAAACUAAAUAAAAUUGGCCUCGAAGGAAAUCGAGUAAGAACUCUAUUAGGUGUUAAGCCAGGACUUUCGGAUUUGACAGAUUAGAAAUUGAAAAUGAAAGAUCUACAAGAGAAAAUCAAAUUGAAAAUACAAGAAAGAGACUAAGAAUAUAUGCUAAAGAAUGGUUAACAACUUAAUAAUCUAUAAAUUAAGUUAUCCAAUCUAUAAGCUACUUAAUUGUUUAAAAAUUUUCUUGUUCAAAAUGGCUUCAGAUAACCAGCAUUCUUAAAAGAUUUACAAUGA